UCUCUGCCAAAGCUUCCAUUUCCUUUAAAUGAUUGGAGAAAGAAUUCAAUGUUGAAGAAAAUGGAUAGCCACCAGAUUCUGUCCAAACCCAAGCUUGGCUUCUCAUCUUCAUUCCGAGAAGCCUUCAAAAUCAUCCUCUCUAAUCAUCCAACCUUCAUCUCUCUCAUCAUCCUCUUCUCCUUCCCCCUCUUCGCCUCCCACACUCUCCUUCACCCGACCUUCGUUCAAAUCCUCAAGCUUCUCUAUCACAAUGAUCCCUUCAAUCCAUUCGUCGUUCACUUGAUCGCCUGUCCAAGCAAUGACACCAACUGCUUGUCCCUGCAGCAGUCUCCCAUAACUGAUGACAGCUUCAAGGUAAUUCUCUCCCUGAGGUUUCUGAUUUCGACUCUUCUACUGUCGGUGCUCGUCUUCUUCCUCGACCUUCUCAACACAAUUGCAACAGUCUCCAUAUCAGCAUCAUUAUAUGGAGGAAACAUCCCCCAGAUGGGUUUCAAGGAAAUGCUGCUUCAAGCCAAAAGGGUGGGCCUCAAAGGGCCAUUGACAACAUCUCUAUUUGCUGUUUUGAUGGCUUCACUCACUCUCUUGGGUAUGGUUGCUCUGUCAACAUACAUGUUUUUUGUGCCCGAAGGCAUCUCUUUCAUGUCAAUAGACAUUUCCAUCUUCACAUUAAUUUUUGGGUCAAUGUUUGUGGUUUUGUUGGCAAAGUAUAUAGAGUGGAGUGCUGUUUGGAACAUGGGAAUUGUUAUCUCAAUCUUGGAUAAGAAUCAGGGGUAUAUAGCAAUUGAGGUGGCAGGAUUUCUGAGCAGAGGCAGCAGGAAGUUAGGGUUCAGUUUGAUGCUGUUUUUCUUUGUUUUGAAGGUGGUUAUUGGGAUGCCUUGUCUCUAUUCCUUGUGGAAUGAGGGAAAAAGUUGUGGGGUUUUGGGGAAUGUGGUGACUUUGAGUUUGAACUGUGUGGGGAAUGUUGUGAUGUGGGUUGUUCUUAUGGUUUACUUCUAUGACUGCAAAAGGGAGUUCUUGGAGAAGAAGAUUGAUUUGGAGAAUAAUGGGAGAUCUAUUGAGCAAAACAUAGAGUGGAGUGCUGUUUGGAACAUGGGAAUUGUUAUCUCAAUCUUGUAUAAGAACCAGGGCUACAUAGCAAUUGGGGUGGCAGCAUAUCUAAGCAGAGGCAGCAGGAAGUUAGGGUUCAGUUUGAUCCUGGUUUUCUUCGCUUUGAAGGUGGCUUUGGGGCUGCCAUGUCUCUGUGCUUUGUGGAAUGAGGGGAGUUGUGGGGUUUUGGGGAAUGUGGUGUCUGUGAGUUUGAGCUGUGUGGGAAAUGUUGUAAUGUGGGUUGUUCUUACGGUCUAUUUUUAUGACUGCAAAAGGCAAUUUCUGGAGAAGAAGAUUGAUUUGGAGAAUCAUGGGAAAGCUACUGUGGCCGUCCAAGUUCAUGUUCAACAAUGAAUUGAAUUGAAUCGAGUUGCAUAUUUGGAUCACAUAAUACCAUAUGAGUUGAAUCGAGUUCAACAUUGAUUUUGGUGCCAUCUAAAUCUGGCACUGAAAUCGAAUGGAGAUCAUUUAGUAGAGUUCUGUCACAUCCAGAAGCUCAAUAUCCAUCUUUGAUGUUGUGUAUUUAGUUCUGUGAGAAAACAUGUUUCAAGUUACCUCCAAUUCCUUGCCAAAAAUAAUAGAAGUUUAUUCUUCAUUUGCAAGUUCACUUAAGAAUAGUCGAGAAACAUAAAGGGUAUCUCCUUCACCUUCUCAUUCCGCCAUGGAAGCCUGCAAAAUUGGAGUUUAGAAGCUCUGUUCUACUCGGUUGUAGAAGCAAGAGAAACUC